AUGGUGACGAUCUGUACCUACAAUGCACGUACACUUGCAUCCCAGUCCUCCAUAGAGGACUUGCUCAUGCAAGCAAGAAGGAUAAGGUAUGACGUCAUCGUACUGGCCGAGACGAGACGACUCCAUCCAUUCAACGCCGUCUAUGACAUCGGAGAAGAACUGUUCUUCGGAACAUGUGACACUAGAGGAGUCGGCGGCGUCGGCAUUCUCGUCAACACGAGUUAG